CUCGCAUUUCCCGGCGAGCGGCGGCGCCCGCACCACCUGUCGCCCGUCCCGUCGCGCGGGCGGGGAGGACUGCGGGGACAUGGCCCGGUAGAGUGCGUGGGGAGAAGGUGCGGGGUUCGGUCCGGGCAGCGCGGGGCGGCCGAGGGACGGCCCUGGCCCGGGGCGCGCGCGGCCGGCGGCAGCAUGAAAAAGAACCAGACGGUGCAGGGCACCUUCAGCAAGAUCUUCGGCAAGAAGCACGCCAGCCCCACCACCACCUCCCUGUACGUCACCAACCCCCCCUGGAUUUUCACCCAGGAGGCCCCGGAGGAGGGGGCCAGGGUCUUGGAUGGGAUCUAUUAUGGAGACAAUCGGUUUGACACGGUGAGCGAGUCAGGAACUGCCACGCUGAAAGCUCGGCCCAGAGUUCGGCCCCUGCUGACCUUCCUUCCGCUGAAUGCCCAGGAGAACCAUGGCCUGGCUGUGCCCACCCCCUCUGUCCCAGAAGACUUUGCAGACAAGGAAGUGACAGGUACCAGCUCACUAGCCAAUGGCAACCUCCGACUGUACAGCUCUGUGGGUGACCUCAGGCCUGGGCACUAUGGCCAGGACCCACUCAUCCCCCCACCUCCCCCAGGCCCCGCCCCAGGGCCACCUCCAGGACCUCCCCCAGACACUUCGCAACCUCCAGGGGAGUCCCUGCCACCACCGCCACCUUCCAUGGCGUCCUUGCCACCUGCCCUGCUGGUGGAACCCCCACCGCCACCCAACAUGGCCCCUCCCCCACCCCCAGUAUCAGGGACCCUAUCCCCCCCAACCACACCCACCCCUCCUGAUUUCAUUCCCCCUGCCCCGCCCUUGGCCUUUGUAGCCCCACCCCCGCCCCCUAUGCCGGCCCCAGCACCCCCAGCUCCAGUGUCUCCUCACACUACGAGGACUCACCUCUCUCCCCCUGCGGGUGUCACCAAAUGGAAAUCAGAGGUAACACUGAAUGGCAAGCAGCCAGAGGCCCCCAGGACCAGCCCCCCCAGGAGCCCUGCUGAGCCAAAGGGGAGCCCCCUGGGGCCUAAACCAGAGUCCCACCUCACCUUCCCCCGUUCAUUCAAGGUGCCUCCCCCAACCCCAGUCAGGACCUCGUCCAUCCCAGUUCAGGAAGCACACGGGGCUCCUGCAGAGGGAGAAGGGGCCACCCAGAAGGCCCCCAGCCGACUCCCACUGCCCCCCAGCUUCCACAUCCGCCCCGCAUCCCAGGUCUACCCGGAUAGGGCCCCUGAACCAGAUCGCCCCGGGGAGCUCCGGACUGAGGCACCUGCCAGCCCCAGGCUGAGCCAGUCCCAGACCAGGACAAGUGAACAAGCUGAGACUCCACCCCCAGCCUCUCCCCUGCCCCGCCCCACACCCCAGCUCCCUCCCCCAGCACCCCCGCUCCCUCCCCCAGCACCCCCUCUCCCCCCACCUGCCCCUCCUUUGCCCUCUGCUGAGAAGGCAACCCCUCCACCUGCUAGGUUUCUGAAAAGCCCCAAAUCCAGCUCUCCUGCUCCCAAACCCACACCCAACCCCCCCAGCCCAGAGGACACAGCCUCUUCAGAGCCCGUGGACUGGCGGGACCCCAGCCAGAUGGCAAAGCUUCGGAGCGAGCUGGCAGCCUACCUCUUCGGCUCCAAGAGAGAGGACCGAGGCACCAGUCACCGGCCAGGCCCCGCGGCAGCCUCUCAGGCAAAGGAGGGCAGGAGGGGCCCUAGCCCGCCGGAGAAGGAGAUCCCCCCACGUGAUCCCGAGAAGAGUCCCUGCCCAGAGAGAGAGGCCGCCGCCAGCCUGCCCCUGCCCCCUGCGGACUACACCCCCCGAGACUCUCCGGUGCUCAGUGUCCAGCAGCUCCGGAGUGAGCUGGAGGCGCGGCUUUCCGCAUCAGCCGAGAAGGAACCCAAGCCCAGCACAGGGGCUCUGCCUCCUAAGCCUCGGCUGGAAGCGGGGAGAGUCUUUGAAAACAGAGCUGCUAAUGGCCAGUUCCCCAAGCCCGUGGCCAAGAAUAUGCCACCGCCCUCCACCGCCGCCCAGCCAACCGCACCACUCCAGUCCAAGGCCGUGCCUGGGCCAGCCACACCACCCGAGUCCACACCUGUUGCAGCCACGAGUGGGCCAGCCACACCAUCCACAGCCACAGCCCUGCCCGCCACGCCAUUCCCAAUGGCAGAGAAGAAACUGGUCCCGGCUGAGCAGAGGAAGAAACCAGAACCCCAAGAAUUUGCAGCGCCUUCCCAGCCAGAGGCAGAAGGGCGCCCCUCGGAGGCCAGGAAGCCUCCCACACAGGGAGCCCUCUCCCCUCCAGCCCUCCCACCCAAGGUGUCCCCUGGGAGAGGAGAGGUGACCUGUCUCUACAAACCCCAUCGCAGCCAGAACAGCAGCCAGAGCAGCCCCAGCCGCGAGGUUGCCGUGGUGAUGCCCACCAUGGCCAGAGGAGCGGCUGCGGGGUCAGGGGAGGCUGUGGAGGCGGGGGAGCCCCAAGGGCUGCCAGACAAAGCCCCAGCCCCCGCCCAGCCUGCAGACGAACUCCUCAGGCACCCGGUGACCGGGGAGGUGGUGGAGCGGGGCUCCCCGAUGGCCCUGCUCCUCGCAGCCAGGCAGAGGGCACAGAAGGGGCGGUCUCGAGGGGCCGGCCUGGGCCGGACCUCCCUGCCCGGGAGUCUCCGAGGGCAGCCCCAGGCGGGCUCCGACAGCAUCUUCCUCCGGGAGGGCCAGCCCAACUCCUUCACUGUGGUCCCCAGGCCGCCCACAGAGCCUGAGAAGGACCCCCAGCCCCCCGCCUCUGCUCAGCCCCGUCCGUGGAAGGCCCAGCUGGGCAGAGACCCGGAGGACGCCGAGCCCAGCCGAGGGCACAGUUGGACCAAGGCGGAGCCCCAGGCCCCUGUGGCCUGGGAACGAUCAGCCUCCUCCAACCGCCCCCAGGGCCGCCCGCUGCCCAAGUCCUUCUCGUCCCCUUCCUCUCCGUCCUGCAAGGGGGAGGAGGAGGAGUUCAGCUUCGAGGUCAUCCCGCCCCCGCCGGAGUUCAGCAAUGACCCUGAGCCUCGAGCCCUCCAGUAUCUGGGCCGCCGGGCCUCCCCUCCCCGGAACAGGUUCUCGGACUCGGGGCGGCCCCUGGACGCGCGCUACCCGGCGGGCGAGCUCUACUCGGGGGCCGGGGGCCUGCAGCGCUUCUCGGGCGGGGGCCGCUCGCUCAUCAAGAAGCGCCUGUACGUCGGGGAGCCCCACCGCAGCCCCGCGCCGUCCCGCAGCGGCUCGGGCCGCAGCCUGAGCUCCCCCAACUGCUUCGGGCCGCAGCCCGGGGGGCCCUUUGGAGCGCCCGGAGGCCCGGAGAUGCGGCGCGUCAACUCGGCGGGCCGCGCGCCCCCUGGCGGCCUGCGCGCACGGAGGAUGUCCCUGGAGGGCUCCACCCGCGGAGAGGCCAAGUACAAAGCUGCCGGCCCAGCGCCCAGUAGCGGCGACCUCGUUCUCGCCUCUGCUACGGGCAGGUCUCCCCGCAGCACCCCCCACUAUGGAAGCCCCAUCAACACGUUCACCGUGAGGCCUGGGACCCGCCAUCCCAUCUCCUACGCCUACUCGGGGGCCCAUCGGAAUGCCCUGUCCUGAGCCCAGGGCCUGGCAGCUCUCCUCCUAGGGGUCCAUCUGGGCACGAUUUUCGUGGGGGUGGGAGGGACGC